GAAUAUUGUAUCCCGCUCCAUACCAAUCUAGAGAGAGAUUGAUGGAGGAUGCAACGACUGCAAUUGCAAUUGAAAAGCUCCGGGAUCUUCAAGUAAACUACACCCAACUAAUCAAACGCGCUAAGAAGCACGGUAUCGAGUGGUUGGAGAGGGACGAUUUCGAGUGUUUAGAGAGGGAUCUCGGCUUCUUGGACCGCUUCCAGAGGAACACAGUGAAGAGGCGGACAUCAUAUGGAGAUGUUUUUAAUGAGAUUAAACGCGAUAUUGGAGAUGUUUUUUAUGAGGUUGAAGAAAUCAUUGACGCCUUUGUUUCCAAAGGCGUCCAAAAGAGAUUCUUAUGGAGACACCGGAAGAAUGCAGUCAAUAAUCUUCACGUCCUUUCCAGACAGUUUGAGCAGAUUAGCCACAAGGUUAACCACAUUAGAGAAGAGAUUUUAAGAAAUAGAGUCAACAUCAGCAGUGACGACUAUGCAGGCGGCUAUGAGAUUCGACCGCCAAGAAAGAAGAAUAUGGUCGGAUUCGCAGAUGUGACCAAUGCUCUGAUACGCCGUCUGAUUCAAGAAACCAACUAUUUUGAUGUGAUUCCUGUGAUUGGUAUGUUUGGAUCAGGCAAGACGUCCGUGGUAUGGAAGAUUUUUAACGAUCCCAACAUUGUGGACAAGUUCCCCAUCCGUAUAUGGCUUACUAUAUCACAACGGUUCUCAGCCAGAGAGAUCAUUUUUCGAAUUCUCAAAGAACUCACCACUAUAAACGACUACGAUAUAGUAUAUUCCAAAUCGGAGGUAGAGUUAGCUUAUUUGGUUGCUGAUUAUCUCAAGACAAAAAAAUUCCUGAUCGUCAUGGACGAUGUAUGGAACAGUCAUGAUUGGGAUAGACUUCAACAGGCUCUGCCAAAUGACAACACAAAAGGUAAAGUGUUGAUCACUAGUCGUAGUAAGGAAGUGGGCAGCUAUGCCAGUGGGGAAAGACCUCCCUACAAUUUGCGCCUCUUUAAAUUUGAAGAAAGUUGGGAGCUGCUCCGGUUGGAGGCAUUUGAAAAACUUGACUGCCCUUCUGAUUUGGAAGUUAUUGGACGGGAAAUUGCAAAACUUUGUGAUGGACUGCCACUUGCAAUAGCAGUCAUAGGAAGUGCCCUUUUGAGAAAAUUUAGCUCAGAUUUAUAUAAAAUAAGUCGUACAAUUUUUGAAAUAGAGUCCCUAUAUGCGAGCUCAGUUCUCACUGAGAUCAGUGAGAUGGAUCCGGAAGAUCGCAUUAAAAAGUCUAUACAUCUGAGUUAUGAUAUAUUACCUUACAACGCAAUCCAAUGUUUUCUAUAUUUAUGGUUGUUCCCAAAAGGCUAUAAAAUUCAAGUGUCAAAAUUGAUCUGCAUGUGGAUAGCUGAAGGAUUCGUACAACCACAUAGUUCCCACAGCUUGGAGGAAACUGCAGAGUCAUAUUUGGAGGAUCUUAUCAAUAGAAACUUAGUGCAAAGUUGCAAUGUUGGUAGAGUUAAAAGAUGCUGGGUUUAUUCUAUAAUAUAUGAUCUCCUCCAAACUGAAGCUGCAGAUGAAAUCUUUCUCCAAGAAAUCAAGGGUCGGAGCAACGAAGGGCCCACACCUUCAAUGGAUGAGAUAAUUGGUCGUCGCAUUUAUCUUAAUUCCAAUUGCUUGGACUUCAUCUCAUCAAGACCUCCAACUGCCCCUCGAGUUCGCUCAUUUGUUUGUUUUUCUAGUGACAACUAUGUCGGAUGUCCGGAAAACAAAAUCUUUGGAUUCUUCAAAUUGCUCAGAGUUUUAGAUGUUCAGCAGCCCUUCAAGUUCACCAAGAUUGACAGUGACAUAUAUAAUCUGAAUCAUUUAAGGUACCUUGCCUUGUCGUCUGUAUUGGCAGUUCUUCCUUCUAAGUUCAACCAACUUUGGAACAUACAAACUCUUAUAAUUGACACCACAUCUCCUAUGCUUAAAGUUGAGGCAGAUAUAUGGAAGAUGAAACAGUUGAGGCAUUUCAAGACAAACGCCUCAGCUACCUUGCCCGAGUUAACUGAAAGUGGCAAAUACGGUUCAGAGCUUCAAACACUCGGAUAUAUCUCAGUGGAAAGCUGCAUGGAAGAACUUUUUCAAAGGGCGUCCAGUUUGAAGAAUUUGGGCAUUCGUGGGAAACUAGGCUUGCUUUUUGAGGGGAGGAGCGGAUCUCUCGAAUGUUUGAAGAAAAUAAGUCUUCAAAAGCUGAAACUAAUAAAUGACGCAUAUCCUAAACCACAAAGGGGAGAAAUUGUUCAAUUUCCUAGACGUGACCAAUUUCCAUCUGGCCUUACAAGCCUUACUUUAAGUGGUACUUUCCUCAGUUGGAAACAUAUGUCUACCCUUGGAUCACUGGAGAAACUCGAGGUACUUAAGUUAAAGGAUAAUGCAUUUAGUGGGAGAAUCUUCAAGGCAGUUGGUGCAGCUUUCGAGCGUCUCUUACUAUUGCACAUUGAGGACACAGAUUUAGUUGUUUGGAAAGCUUCGGCCGAUCAUUUCCCCAGUCUCAAAAACCUUGUGCUCAAGUCCUGCGAGAGGCUUCGUGGAAUUCCGGUAGAGCUAGCUGAGAUACCAAGCCUGCAAAACUUGGAGUUGUAUCAUUGCAUAUCUGCAGCUGAAUCAGCCAAGGAAAUUUCAGAAGCAAAGAAGAGGACACUACCUGCAUUCGUGCUCUCCAUCUAUCCUCCCAUUGAUUAAUCAACUUUUAUUUAUCUUUGCCAGGAUUAACAUGGCUGGCUUGAUUGAAUAAGUGCUGGGCUUCAAUUUGUUCUUCUUAGGUGUACAAUCGGUUAUAUGGUGAACGGUUGCCCUUCUUCAAAUAAACUUGCUGAUUUGCUUUGUUAUGUUUAAACUUGCAAAACAUUACUUUACCUGCGUCUCUCUGUUUGUAAUAUGUGCUAUGGAUCAAAUUACUUAUUUUCACAUGUGUUAAAUUUUGAUGUUAGCAAUUGCAUGUGGUUAUGGUUGUACAUGAUAUUUCAAUUCAUAGUACUAUAAAUUUCUUACAUUUUCAAUGGAGCCGUGGUCGCGGUACGCA